GUACCUCGCUUCAAGUUUUAAGCUGGCUGUUGUGCCUGUGACACUACAUUUCACCGCACAACAGAUGGAUAAGCAGGGAUGACUGAUAAUUGUUGGAAUUCUGGUGGUGGCGCUGGCGUCAAGAUGGAGCACUUUCAGGCCACCCUGGACCCAAGGAAGCAAGAGUUAUUGGAGGCUCGCUUUCUCGGAGCAAGGAUGUCUGCUGGGUCACAAAUUCAGAUGGCACCUCAAUCAACUGUAAACUCUGGUCAGUCAGUUCAUAGUCAAGACUCGAACAUGAGCACUGGCUCAUCACAUAGUGAUAAGGAGGUAGAUCCAAAUACUCCAGAAAAGGUACCAAGAACUCCUUCGGAAAGGAAAAGAAAACGUAAAGCUGAUGAUGGAGGUGGAGGGAUUACAGGAGGACCUGUAGGAAGUAAAGGAUCUAGAUCUGUUACUGCUCUUGAAAAUAAAAAAAUCAAUGAGUAUUUUCCAAAGCAUCAUUUGGGUAAUAGCCCCAUUCGGCAUGGGGGUGCUAAAAGUCCUUCUCCUCAACAAGGAUAUCCUAUGUAUCCACCAUCGCCUCAACAACUCCUUUCACCGCAAGUAACAACACCCAAUUCUUCAGUGGCAGAAUUUUCUUCACUGAUGCAGCCACCAAGACCUCAUCCUCAACCUCCACCUCCUCCUCCACCAGCCUCAACACAACCUGCAGGUUCGAUGGUCAGCAAGCAGGUGCAGGUAAGGCCUACCAACCUCAGUAGGACAAGCCAGGUCAGGCAAGCGAAGACUAACACCCCAAAUACAGAACUUACAUGCCAGAGGAUACAGGAAUUUGAAACUCAAGCCUCUUCGGAUUUAGAGUUACGUAACAACAAAAUUGAUGAAUUAAAUAGAACAACUGAUGAACUUAGGCAUCAAAUGGCUAAUCAACAAAAACUAAUUGAACAGCACAAAUCCCAUAUAAAUAAGUGUAUAGACGUUGUAAAGAAACUAUUAAAAGAAAAAUCAAACAUAGAAAAAAAGGAGGCUAGGCAAAAGUGUAUGCAAAAUAGACUGAGGUUGGGUCAAUUUGUAACUCAAAGGGUGGGUGCAACGUUUCAAGAAAAUUGGACAGAUGGUUAUGCGUUUCAAGAAUUAGCACGGCGACAAGAAGAAAUUGCGACUGAACGGGAAGAAAUCGAUAAACAAAAAAAACUCCUACUUAAGAAGAGGCCAUCGAACAAUGAAACUGGUAGAAAACGUAGUCAGCCUCAACCUUCUUUGCAUAAUGGCACAGAAGCUACAUUCUUAAAGCCAGAUGCAGUACCUGGAUCUUAUACAUGGCAGGAGUAUUAUGAAGCUGAUGAAAUACUCAAGUUAAGGCAAAGUGCGUUGAAAAAAGAAGACGCAGAUCUGCAACUAGAAAUGGAAAAACUCGAAAGAGAAAGAAAUUUACACAUCAGAGAACUGAAACGUAUUCACAACGAGGACCAAUCGAGAUUCAAUUCUCAUCCUGUACUAAAUGAACGUUACCUUCUACUAAUGUUAUUAGGAAAAGGCGGCUUCAGCGAAGUGCAUAAGGCAUUUGACUUAAAAGAGCAACGAUAUGUCGCUUGUAAAGUGCAUCAAUUGAAUAAAGACUGGAAAGAGGAUAAAAAAGCUAAUUAUAUUAAACAUGCGUUACGAGAAUAUAAUAUACAUAAAGCUCUUGAUCAUCCUCGUGUUGUGAAAUUAUAUGAUGUGUUUGAAAUUGACGCCAAUUCUUUUUGUACCGUCUUGGAAUAUUGUGAUGGCCAUGAUUUAGAUUUUUACCUUAAGCAGCAUAAGACUAUACCUGAAAGAGAAGCAAGAUCCAUUGUUAUGCAAGUUGUAUCUGCAUUAAAGUACCUCAAUGAAAUAAAACCCCCAGUCAUACAUUAUGAUUUAAAACCAGGUAAUAUACUAUUGACUGAAGGUAAUGUUUGUGGAGAAAUAAAAAUUACGGACUUUGGGUUAAGUAAAGUAAUGGACGAAGAAAAUUAUAAUCCAGACCAUGGAAUGGAUUUGACAUCUCAAGGAGCUGGUACCUAUUGGUAUCUUCCACCAGAGUGUUUUGUUAUUGGUAAAAAUCCUCCAAAAAUAUCGUCAAAAGUCGAUGUAUGGAGUGUAGGAGUUAUAUUUUACCAAUGUCUAUAUGGCAAAAAGCCUUUUGGACAUAAUCAAUCUCAAGCUACAAUUUUAGAAGAAAACACAAUUUUAAAAGCUACUGAAGUUCAAUUUGCAAAUAAACCAACUGUUAGCAACGAAGCAAAGAGUUUCAUAAGAAGUUGUCUAGCAUAUAGGAAAGAAGAACGCAUAGAUGUAUUGACAUUAGCUAGACACGAAUAUCUACAACCUCCAGUGCCAAAACAUGGCCGUCAAGCGAAUAAUCAGCAGCAGCAACAACAGCAACAACAAAUUCAGCAACAGCAACAAACUUCAUUUAGUAUUGGCAUGUUUAGUGGUAUGAACGCGUCAAGCAGUUCGUAGUGGAAAAGAACUAAAGACAAAAUCUUCAAUAUGCUAAUACAUGCCAAAUCUUGAACACUGAAUUGCACACCAUCUCAUCUUAGGAAUAUAGCGAUUGCUAUAACGAAUUGUAAAUACUAAAGACCGGAUAGUAUCACCAUCACCAAUGCCACGAUUACCACUACCACUACCACCAUCACCACCACUUCCACCACACCUCUACAACUAUACUUACAG